UUCCUUAGUCGAAGGAGCUGUGGGAAGCAUAGUUUAUAACGUCAGGACGUCCGCGUUCAGCGACGUGGAAUUUGGAGUUUUUUAUAAUCUGCUACCAGUAUGCAUAAGCUAAUUUCGUCGAGGUCCAGCACCACAAGGGUGAAGCAGAAGGACGCUCACCAACGAGAGCGCAAGAAGAGCACCGCCCCGAAAGCUCGCCAUAGUGGACUUGUGGACGUAGUGACACUGCUCGAGUUUGGACAGGACUUGCCUGGACUGUCGCAGUGUCCAGUUCUGCUCUUUUCGACAAAGUUUUCAUCAAGCAGACAGAGCGCUUUCUGGAAUUUGGCGCUUAAAAAAGGCUACUUUGUGGAGAAGACUGAACGACGUAAGACCAUCUUAAGACCCGUUUUACGCCUUUACAGUGGAGUGACAGAUGUUACGAGCGAUGCGAUUGCUGGAAAUUACGAACAGGUUCAACCACUGACUUUCGUCAGGAGUCGUCGGGAGCUGGAACCUUUUUGUAAAUUUGCACGCCACUCCUGGCUGGAGUCUAAACUACCGAAGCACCAGCGUACAUACUUUGGCCUCAUAGGAAUCAUGGGAGUGACAUUUCCGAGACAUUCUCUAAGCUCCGACCAUCUGAAUUAUAUGUUACACGAAGCCAUGCAGCUAUUUAUUAAUACGUCCAACGUGGUUGGAUUUCCUGUGCUCUACGAUCUGAACCAGCACUGCAAGAACGUUGGAACAUUCCUGAAAAAAAUGCACGAGCUGAGGGCCAAAUGUCAACUAUGUGUAGAGGUCUGUGAACCUGGUAUCCUUCCAGUGUGCAGACGACGGCUGCCCAAGAGAGCUUUCGAUGAAGACGAUCUGGACAACUCCAAUACGACAAUCCGCAGCCUCGAACUUCACGCCUCGAAAGAGGUUCACGUCUGUCUGUUAUAUCGCUUUGCAAUGAUCACUCACAGCAUCCUCCAAUACUUGAUCCUCAUCAACGUUGGCGGAAAAGUCGUGCAAGCGUUUGCGGAGGAAGUCAUGAUAGUUGGCGUGAAGCAGCAGAUAACAGAGACCGUCCUGGAGAUGUACCUUGAGCCAAGCACACGUAUCAUCGAGUCUCUCUUUGACGCCGUCAUGUCCCGCGUAGCAACGUUUAUGUUGAAGUCUGGCAGCACCACAAAGCACAUCCGCAUCAAGACGGUUGAGCAAUGCCGCAUAGGAGCCGCGGUCGGGGCCUGGCAGUUCGUCACGUUCCUCCUGGCCGCCGUCUCGGAGUCUUUUGCCAAAGCGGCCAUAACUGAAGUCGGCAGGGAGGAAAGAAAUCGCAAGUACCUCCAGGACAGCCUGGGCUUCAUGCAGCGGAUUAAGGAUGAUUGCCUGUACUGCGUGUUUCGGCUGCUCUCUUUGAAGCACAGAAAGCUGGGACUGCUGAAAGCUCAGCACCAAGCACAGGAUCCGCUCAACGUGGUCGGAAUGCAGACAGUGACAUUGUUGAGCAAGGUCAUUGUUGCUUACGCUUUGCACAUGUUUAAGACAAAGAGGUCGAACGCCAGGCACCUGUACAUCUACGAAGAGGACGUCCGUGAAGAUUUUGGGAGGUUUUUGGCGGAGCUGAAGGGCUUUUCUGUAGCUGUGCCGCAACCCCCCAUCACUGUUAAUGAUCUUACCGGCGGACGGCUUCAGAAAUUUAUGGUAGAGAUGUCCGUGAUAUACUACAAAGAAGUGGUCGACGUCCGGGAACAUCUGGAAGCGUCGAAGACUGGAGAAGACGAUGUUGUGAAAUAGACUGCGGAUGUGUUGCAAUGUGCAGCUAGCUUCAUAAAACGAAUAUUCUGCGUAACUUAAUUGUGCAUAAAAAUGUGUGCGCACGAGUGGAAUAGAUUGCAUGUGGUAGAAACAUACUAGGCAAUGCAAAUAUUAAAUUCUAUUAUCAUUGGUA